GCACACGUAGUAUAUUGGCCAAAGCGUGCAAGCCCUCCUUCUUGGCCGUGGUCAAUUGAGAAACUUUCAACCUAUUUGCUAUUGCUUGAGGUUCUAGGAGCAAGUCAAGAUGGGCAAGAAACAACAUCAAAAGGACCGCAUGUUUUUGACAACGAAGGAAUGGAAAGAAGAAUGGGGUGGGCACAAGGGCGCCAAGGCGGCUGCGCCCUUCAAGCGCCUGCCCUUCCACUGCUGUGCCAUCAACUUCACGCCCUUCGAGGACCCGGUGUGUACGGACGACGGCACGGUGUAUGACAUCGCGUCCAUCGUGCCGUACAUCAUGAAGUUUAAAAAGCACCCCGUGAGCGGCGAGCCGCUGGCGCUGAAGGACCUGACGCGGCUCAACUUCUCCAAGAACGGGGACGGCGAGUGGAACUGCCCCGUUAUGGGCAAGGUGUUUACGGAGCACACGCACAUCGUGGCCAUCAAGACCACGGGCAAUGUGUACUGCUGGGAGGCGGUGGAGGAGCUGAACGUCAAGCCCAAGAACUGGAAGGACCUGCUGACGGACGAGCCCUUCACGCGCAAGGACAUCAUACACAUCCAGGACCCGCUCAACUUGACAGGGCGCACCAUCGACCAGUUUGACCACGUGAAGCGGCAGCUGACGUUGGACGACGACGAGGGCGCCGACGGCGCCGCCGUCAGCAACAUCCGCAAUGCCACAGACGACAUGAAGCGCGCGUUGGGCGCACUCAACACCAGCGAGGCAAAGAACGCCUUUGCCACCGGCGGCGGCGGCAAGCGAGUGGAGGCCGCGCGGCUGCUGGCAGAGGCAAAGGCCAAAGCCGGUGGCGCUGGCGCCGGCGGCGCAGGAGCGGGAGCGGGGUCCACGACAGCGGCGCAGGAGCGGCAGACGGGCUCGGGUGCGCCCUCGACGUCAGGGCCGGCGCCGGCGGCCGCAGCAGGCGCGGGAGGGGGCGACUGGCGGUUGCGGGCGCCGGAGCGGAACACGGAGAUGCCGGCUUUCAAGCCCGGCGCCGUGACGUGGGACACAGACGACAAGAUUACGCCGGCGGCCGCGCCCACGGGCGGGAAAGGGAAAGGCAAGGGCGGCGGCGGGGGGGCCGGGGCGGCGGCGAAGCCGCCGGCGGGCUCCGUGGAGGGCGGCUCCGCUGCCAACGGCGGCAAGCCGUCGCCGUCGGCCUGGUACGAGGCGCAGGGGCACGUGAAGUACGUGGAGAGCGCGCAGAGCACGGGCGCAACGUCGCGGUCGUUCACCAGCACCGCGUGGGCGCCCAGCACCAAGAACGACCGGGCGCGCACGCGGCUGCAGCGCACGCCCACCAAGAAGGGCUACGUGCGCCUGCACACCAACCUGGGCGACCUGAACGUGGAGCUGCACUGCGACCUGGCGCCGCGCACCUGCGAGAACUUCCUGGCGCUGUGCGACAUGGGCUACUACGACAACACGCCCUUCCACCGCUCCAUCAAGAACUUCAUGAUCCAGGGCGGCGACCCCACCGGCAGCGGCAAGGGCGGCGAGUCCAUCUUCGGCCCCACCUUCAAGGACGAGCUGGACAGCAGACUGGUGCACGCGGGCCGGGGAGUGCUGUCCAUGGCCAACAGCGGCCCCAACACCAACGGCUCCCAGUUCUUCAUCACCUUCAAGUCCUGUCGGCACCUGGACUUCAAGCACAGCGUGUUUGGGCGGGUGGUGGGCGGGCUGGACAUCCUGAGCGCCAUGGAGAAGACCCCCACAGACCCCGACGACUGCCCCACAAGCCCCAUCACCAUAACAGGCGCCACGGUGUUCACCAACCCCUUCUACGAGCUGGAGGAGGAGGAGCGCAAGGCGGAGGCGGCGGAGCGCAAGAAAGCGGACGCGGAGGCGGCGGCAGCGUCGGACCCCAUCCUCAACAAAGUGGGGACAUGGUACAGCAAGCCCGGCGCGGGAGGCGACACGGCGGCGGCGCCCGCGCCCGUGCGCAGCGGCGUGGGGAAGUACAUCGCCGGCGGCAUGCUGGCGAGCAGACCGGCGGCGCCUGCCGCGGCGCCAGCGGCAGCAGCAGCAGCGGCACCUGCAGCGGCGCAAGCGCGGAUGGCGGUAGCGGAGGAUGACGAGCGGCCGGUGAAAAAGGCAAAGCCGUCAUCCGCCCUUAGCAACUUUGAUACGUGGUGAGGGUGCUGCCGAGCCGGCGGUUGUGGGGGCGUCUGGUGGAGGGGCAAGCGGGCGGCGGGUGUUGCUGUUGGUGUUGUGCACGUGCUUACGUUGCGGACGCUCACGAGACAGCUUGUUAGCCGGGUUUGGCGCGAUGAUGUUGUGUGGUAGGGGUCGCACUGCGAAGUGCGUAUUGGCCUACGAAUGCGGUGGCAGACGCGCCUCGAUUGGGAGGCGUUGUGUUACAAUGUGGCAACGCCACAUCCUGCCUUUCCAUGUAAGAAU